AUGGGUGAAAUGAGAGGAAGAGAGAUACUUCAGCAGCUGCUGCUGCUGCUUGUAUUUUGGUUCGUGUUUCUAACAACGACGUCGUAUGGAGUCAAUGUGACAUACGAUCAUCGGGCCUUGUUGAUUGAUGGAACACGCAGAGUUUUGGUCUCUGGUUCGAUUCAUUAUCCUCGCAGCGCUCCCGAGAUGUGGGCAGACCUUAUACAAAAAUCUAAAGAUGGAGGAUUGGAUGUUAUUGAGACUUAUGUUUUCUGGAACGUACACGAGCCUGUUCAAAACCAGUAUAAUUUUCAAGGAAGAUAUGAUUUGGUGAAAUUUCUUAAGUUAGUGGGAGAAGCCGGACUUUAUGCUCACCUCCGGAUUGGUCCAUAUGUCUGCGCAGAGUGGAAUUAUGGUGGGUUUCCUCUUUGGUUGCAUUUUAUACCGGGAAUCAAGUUUCGAACUGAUAACGAGCCAUUCAAGACUGAAAUGCAGCGGUUCACAGCCAAGAUUGUGGACAUGAUGAAGCAGGAGAAGCUCUAUGCAUCUCAAGGAGGGCCCAUCAUUUUAUCGCAGAUUGAAAAUGAGUAUGGAAGCGUUGAUUCAAAUUAUGGGCCUGCUGCUAAGAGCUAUAUCAAUUGGGCAGCAAGCAUGGCUGUGUCUCUGGAUACUGGAGUUCCCUGGGUUAUGUGCCAGCAAGCAGAUGCUCCUGAUCCCAUUAUAAAUACCUGCAAUGGAUUCUACUGUGACCAGUUCACCCCUAAUUCUAAAAAUAAACCGAAAAUGUGGACUGAGAAUUGGAGUGGAUGGUUCCUUUCCUUUGGUGGUGCUGUUCCCUAUAGACCUGUUGAAGACCUUGCAUUUGCAGUGGCACGGUUCUACCAGCUAGGGGGAACUUUUCAAAACUAUUAUAUGUACCAUGGUGGGACUAACUUUGGCCGGAGUUCUGGGGGACCCUUUAUUUCUACAAGUUAUGAUUACGAUGCUCCUCUUGAUGAAUACGGACUUAGAAGACAACCUAAGUGGGGCCACCUGAAGGAUUUGCAUAAGGCCAUAAAGCUUUGUGAAGAAGCAUUAGUGGCGACUGAUCCAGCAACUUCGUCUCUAGGUCAAAACUUGGAGGCCACUGUUUAUAAAACCGGAACAGGGCUCUGUUCUGCUUUUCUCGCCAAUUUUGGCACCUCUGACAAAACUGUAAAUUUCAAUGGCAAUUCGUAUAAUUUGCCUGGAUGGUCUGUGAGCGUCUUACCAGACUGCAAGAAUGUAGCUCUUAAUACAGCAAAGAUUAACUCUAUGACAGUGAUUCCAAGCUUUACACGUCAAUCUCUAAAAGGAGAUGCGGAUUCUGAUGAUACAAUUAGCUCUGGCUGGAGCUGGAUAAAUGAACCAGUAGGUAUCUCAAAGAAGGAUGCAUUUGUGAAACCUGGACUAUUGGAGCAGAUAAAUACUACAGCUGAUAAAAGCGACUACUUAUGGUACUCACUGAGUACUGUUAUCAAAGAUAAUGACCCUUUUCUUGAAGAUGGAUCUCAAACUGUUCUUCAUGUGGAAUCUCUUGGCCACGCCCUUCAUGCUUUUGUUAAUGAAAAGCUUGCAGGUAGUGGAACAGGAAAUGCUGGUAAUUCUAAGGUUGCGAUGGAGAUUCCCGUCACACUCUUACCCGGGAAGAACAAGAUUGAUCUCCUUAGUUUGACUGCAGGACUACAGAACUAUGGAGCUUUUUUUGACUUAAGAGGCGCGGGGAUUACUGGUCCAGUAAAACUGAAAGGCCUGAAAAAUGGCACUACUAUUGACCUUUCUUCGCUGCCGUGGACAUAUCAGAUUGGACUUAAAGGUGAAGAAUUAGGCCUGCCUAGUGGAAGUUCUCAAUGGGCUACACAACCUGCCUUCCCCAAGAAGAAGCCUUUGAUCUGGUACAAGGGCCCAAACUGGCUCGGUCAUUCAGGCCUGCUAUUGAACCCGAGCUCAGCCCAUGACGAGCCACAGACCAGUUUUGAUGCCCCUGCUGGCAAUGACCCAAUUGCAAUUGAUUUCACGGGGAUGGGGAAGGGUGAGGCAUGGGUGAAUGGACAAAGCAUCGGACGUUAUUGGCCUACCAAUGUGUCUCCAAAUAAUGGUUGUUCCAGCUGCAAUUACAGAGGAUCUUACAGUUCAAGCAAAUGCCUCAAGAACUGUGCAAAGCCUUCUCAGACAUUAUACCAUGUACCCCGUUCAUGGGUGGAAUCAAGGGGCAACACUCUUGUAUUGUUUGAGGAAAUUGGUGGGGAUCCAACUCAGAUAGCUUUUGCUACAAAACAGAGUGGAAGUUUGUGCUCACAUGUGUCAGAGUCUCACCCAUUACCCGUAGAUAUGUGGAGUUCAAAUUCAGAAGCAAAAAGAAAAGCGGGAUCUGUACUAUCAUUGGAGUGCCCCUUUCCCGAUCAGGUCAUUUCUUCAAUCAAAUUUGCAAGCUUCGGAAACCCUCUUGGAACUUGUGGGAGCUUCAGUCACGGUCAGUGCAAAAGCACUAGGGCCCUUUCUAUCGUACAGAAGGCAUGCAUUGGAUCGAAGAGUUGCCGCAUUGGAGUAUCAGCCAGUACAUUUGGUGACCCAUGCACAGGAGUAGCAAAGAGUUUAGCAGUUGAAGCUUCCUGCACCUAA